AUGAAGAAUUUUCAUAUCCUAAUAUCACUCAUUUUUCCUACCUUGUUUCUCUUCUCAUGCUCUGUAUCUCUUGUGCUAUCUUUUUCCCCUCCUCAUACUGAUCUCCAAAAUCAGUGCCUUAAUGAUCAGAAAUCUGCUCUAUUGCAAUUGCACCAUGAUCUGUACUAUGCCCCAAAUUUUACGUUCUCUUUCAAAAUUGAGCUUUGGGAUCCCAACACUGAUUGUUGCUCUUGGAAAGGAAUUACAUGUGAUGCUGUGGGUCAUGUGAUUGGGCUUGAUCUCAGUUACAAAAACCUUUCCGGCAGCUUUCACUCCAUUUUCAAUCUCCAUCAUCUUCAACGCCUUAAUCUUGCUGGAAACAAUUUUAAUACUACUCUGUUUCAAUAUGAGUUUGAUAGAUUUCCAAAUUUAACUCAUCUUAACCUUUCAAACUCAUGUUUUCAUGGCCAAAUUCCAGUGGGGAUUUCAUACUUAACAAGGUUAGUCUCUCUUGAUCUAUCUAAUCAAGAUUCUUGCUAUCUACACAAUUACCAAAUUCUUGAUUCAAAUUUCUGGUAUGAUGAUUUUCCUUACAACCUUUAUCAACCUUUAAAACUAGAAAACCCAAACUUCAAGUCAUUCAUCCACAAUUUGAGACCUCUUACAGAGCUCUACCUGGAUAGUGUGAACAUUUCAACUCAAAGUACUAAAUGGUGUGAAGCCACAUCCAUAGCACUUCAUAACCUACAUGUGCUAAGUCUGUCGAAUUGUGGUUUGACAGGUCCAUUUUGUUCUUCACUCUCAAGACUUCCUUUUCUUUCCAAACUUUUCCUUGGUGGGAAUUCGAUCUCUUAUUUGCCUCCUAAUUUCUUGGAAAUUUCCUCUCGUUUGGUUUCUCUCAGUUUAGUGAAUUGCAAUUUGAGUGGGCAUUUUCCAACAAAAAUUCUCAUGUUCCCAAAAAUAGAAAGCAUUGACAUCUCAGAAAAUGACAAUCUUGGAGGUCAGUUGCCAGAAUUUCCAUUAAACAAUGCUUUACGGAUCUUAACGAUGUCUUAUACAAAUUUCAGUGGAAAAUUACCAGAAUCAAUUGGUAAUCUCAAAUUCUUGACAAAUUUAAAUCUCCAUGUUUGCAAGUUCUUUGGACAAAUUCCAUCAUCAAUUGCAAAUCUUACUAACCUUGUGGAACUGGAUCUAUCCCAUAACAAUUUAAGUGGUUUUAUCCCUGCAUUUCAUAGAUUUGGAGUUCCAAAUCUUGCAUAUCUUUGUUUGUGGAGGAACCACCUCUCUGGAUCAAUAAAUUCUUCUGUAUUUACUCUCCCAUCAUUGCAGGCCUUGGAUUUUAGUGAAAAUCAAUUGUUUGGUGAAAUUGAUGAGGUUCUCAAUGCAUCUUCCUCCUUGAUUGAAGCAUUGUAUUUAGGCUACAAUAGCUUUAGUUCCAUGAAGCUUGACAUGUUCUCCCAACUCAAGAACUUAAGGUUUCUUGACCUUUCAAAUACGAGCUUGUCAAUUGAAAGCAACAUCACAAGCCUUGCUUUUCCCCAAUUAGAGGAGCUGGACCUAAAUUCAUGUAACCUUACUGAAUUUCCAGAUUUCAUCAAAACUCAAGACAAGUUGGCUUUUCUAGGUCUUUCUAACAACCAAAUCCAUGGUUUUGUGCCUAAUUGGUUACGGAAGACCACUCUUUUAGGGUUAGACCUUUCUUUCAAUGCAAUUGAUUUUUCAAAAGAGGUUCCUUUUGGUGACGCAAACUCCUCUUUUCCAAUGUUGAGUGUCUUAUAUUUACAAUUCUGUAACCUAAGUAUGUUUCCAGAGUUUUUAAAGAGUCAAACUAGUUUAGAACAUCUAGACCUUUCAAAUAAUAAAAUAAGUGGUGCAGUACCAAAUUGGGUGUGGAAGAAAAGUUUGAGGAAUCUGGAUCUUUCUAACAAUUCUCUCUCAUUUUUGGACCAAUUUUCACUAAACCAAUCUCUAACUUCUUCACAAGGCUCUUUAUCAAGACCUAUUUGCAAUUUGAGUCAGCUUGGGACCCUUAAUGUAUCCUUUAACAAAUUAACCGGGCCAAUCCCAAGUUGCUUGGGCAACAUCAGUUCUCUCGACACUUUGGAUCUACAAAAAAAUAAUUUCAAUGGCAGCAUACCAGAUUUUGCAAAAGCGACCCAAUUAUAUUGGCUUCAACUCAAUGAUAAUAAAUUGGAAGGGAAGUUGCCAAGGUCAUUAGCCAAUUGCACAAUCCUCCAAGUUUUAAACCUUUACUCUACAUGA